CAACACGGGCGGCCCCCGCAGGCACGCAGGUCCUCCCAAAUCCUAGAGCGGCCCCCACGUCGGCGCUUCCGCUUCCCGUCCCCGCCCCCAAGUACCCCCGGGACACCUGGGGCCGACCCCCUCCCGACUUGGCGCGGAUCCCGCAUCCCGGAGCCGCCGGUGACUCGGACACACGAGCCCGCUGAGAAGCUCCGGAGAGCGUCGGGGUGGUAGUGCCGGAGGCAGCCAAGGAGGGCGGCGUGCAGGCGAUGGAGCGCGCGGUAGAGCCGUGGGGCGCGGAUCUCCACGGUCAGGAGCAGAGGGAGCCGCUGAGAGGCGCCCGUACAGGUUUAGGAAGUGAGAAUAUGGAGAUUUCUCAGUCAAAUGAAUUUGAACGUACUCCACAGGAUGAGGAUGAAUUGGAGUAUAAGGAAGAGGAAGAUCUGGCCCCAGGUCAUGAAGUAAGAAAUGAUUCUCUCAAACCUGAAGGCAUCCAGACCUGGGAUGACUUAUGGGUCCAAAGAGGGGGACUAGGAAAGCCUCAGGCUCGGGACCAAGGCCCCCAGGUCCUGGGAGAACCACGCUGGGGCCAGGCCAGUACUGAUCGAACUGCAGUGUGUGGUGAGUGUGGCAAGAGCUUCAGGCAGAUGUCAGAUCUGGUGAAACACCAGCGGACUCACACCGGGGAGAAACCCUAUAAGUGUGGGGUUUGUGGCAAGGGCUUUGGGGAUAGCUCAGCCCGCAUCAAACAUCAGCGAACUCACAGUGGUGAGAAGCCCUAUAGAGCCCAGCCACCAGCCCAGGGUCCCCCAAAGAUUUCUCGACCCCGGAUCCCUGCUGGUGAACGCCCCACUAUCUGCGGUGAAUGUGGCAAGAGCUUUCGGCAGAGUUCCGACCUAGUGAAGCACCAGCGGACCCACACCGGUGAGAAGCCCUACAAAUGUGGCAUCUGUGGCAAGGGCUUCAGUGACAGUUCUGCCCGAAUAAAGCACCAGCGGACACACCGAGGGGAACAGCCCCCCCAGCCAGUCGUACCCCGAAGACAGCCAUCUCGGGCAGCCACUGCAACUGCACAGGGACCCAAGGCCCAGGACAAGCCAUAUAUCUGCACAGAUUGUGGUAAAAGGUUUGUGCUCAGUUGUAGCCUCUUGAGCCACCAGCGCAGUCACUUAGGGCCCAAACCCUUUGGCUGUGAUGUGUGUGGGAAGGAGUUUGCCCGGGGCUCUGACCUGGUGAAACACCUGCGGGUGCACACAGGGGAGAAGCCCUACCUGUGCCCUGAAUGCGGCAAAGGCUUUGCUGACAGCUCCGCCAGGGUCAAGCACCUCCGCACCCACAGUGGCGAGCGGCCACAUGCCUGUCCAGAGUGUGACCGCACCUUCAGCCUCAGCUCCACUCUUCUCCGACACCGCCUCACUCACAUGCAGCCCCAGGCCUUCAGCUUCCCCAGCCACCCUGUAGCCCCGCUAAUCCCCAGCCCACCUCCACCUCCUCUUGCCACCAGUCCCCCACUGACUCCUCGAAGUCCUUCACACUCAGGUGAUGGGCCUUUUGGCUUACCUGGCUUGGAACUAGAACCUGGGGGCCCGCAGGCUGGUGAGCCACCCCCACCACUGACAGUGGGUGACAAGCCCCACAAGUGUCCUGAGUGUGGCAAGGCUUUCCGCCGAAGCUCUGACCUAGUAAAACACCAUCGUGUGCACACAGGGGAGAAACCUUACCUCUGUCCUGAGUGUGGCAAGGGCUUUGCUGACAGCUCAGCACGAGUCAAGCACCUGCGCACUCACCGUGGUGAACAUGCUCGGCCACCACCACCAUCUACUCUCCUGCGGCCACAUAACCCUCCUGGUCCAGCACCCAUGGCCUCUCGACCUAUAGCCCAUACCCAGCCCUCUGGACCCAGCCAGUCCCAUGUGUGUGGCUUUUGUGGGAAGGAGUUUCCCCGGAGCUCAGAUCUGGUCAAACAUAGGCGCACACACACUGGAGAGAAGCCAUACAAGUGUGCCGAGUGUGGCAAAGGUUUUGGUGAUAGCUCUGCCCGUAUCAAGCACCAGCGUGGGCACCUGGUCCUGAGGCCCUUUGGGAUAGGGGAUGGUCAGGCAAGGCCCCUCAAGGAGGAGCCACCAGCCGGACUGGAAUGAUAGGGUUUGGGGGGCCCAGGAGACCAAAGGGAGAUCUGCUACUGAAGCAGAGAAGACAGGGUGUGGGAGGUAGUGGGGGGAGGAGGAGGGGAAGAGACAAGAGAGAAGCAAAUAGAUAGAGACAGACUGGAGACCAUAACCUCGACACUCAGGAAACCAUCCUGGCUAGGUGUUAGGACCUCGCUGGUAUGGGCUGAAACUUCCAACUUCCAGAACACUGUCUGGUACACAGUAAACACUCAGUGAAUACUUGUUAAAAUAGAAACUGGCCUUAGUCUGAGGACCCUUAAAAUACUGUAUUCCCAUUGUCUCUUUGCUUAGGAACUAACCCCUUGGUAAGGUGGGAUAAUUGAUAGCUGUAAUCCCAGCUACUCAGGAAGCUGAGGAAGGAAUAUAUUUGAGGCCACCCUGGACAAUUUAAGAGAAACCCUGUCUCAGAAAGGGCUGGGGUUUAGCUCAGUGUUCUCUUGGUUCGAUCCUCAGUACCAAGAAAAGAAAAUGACUCCUUUCAGCUUCCCCUCAGAGACCAGGUAUGACCUGAUAGGUGCAGCAAAAGGACUUGUGGAAUUUAAGGUGUUAAAAUGAGGGAGGGCAGGGGCUGGGGAUUUAGCUCAGCGGCAUAAGCGCCUGCCUUGCAAGCAGGCAGUUGUGAGUUUGAUCCCCGGUACUGAUAAAAAGGAAAAAGACAAAAAAAAAAAAAAAAAAGAGCGAGGGCAUCUUGACCAUCCUAUAGGGGAAAGUAACCUCCUAACCUCCAUCUACAGGACAUAAUUUCAGCCAGGAAAAGGCAGCACUUAAGUGGGCCAGACCUGUGUGCCCUUUGUUCACCAACAGAACAGAUGAGCCAGCAGGAGGAAUGCUCGUAGUGGGCAGUCUGGAUGCCACACCCAGGUCCUGGUGGAUAUUUGCAGCAACCCACUCUGGGUGAGUGCAGGACUAGAAGGAAAAGAGGCCACAUUCCCAUAUGUCUCCUUACUAAUAAACUAUUUCUUGUUUGAAGUUUGAAUUCUGUGUAGGGGUGAGUGUGUGUAUACGCAUCUAUAUGCAGGGCAAGAAUUGGAAAUGUGAAGGUUUCACCAUAGACAAAGUCUUCAAGCUUUUUGUAAACUAGCGUGGAUCCCUUUCUUUGACCCAUUAAAUAAAAUUGUCUUGGCACA